AUGAUAGCGUUGGGCGAUCUGUACAAGGUGGUGGAGGCGAUGGCGCCGCUCUACUUCGCGCUGGGCCUCGGGUACGGCUCGGUGCGGUGGUGGCGGUUCUUCACGGCGGAGCAGUGCGGCGCCAUCAACACGCUGGUGGUGUGCUUCUCCAUGCCCUUCUUCACGUUCGACUUCAUCGUCCGAACCGACCCCUUCGCCAUGAACUACCGCGUCAUCGCCGCCGACGCCGUCGCCAAGCUCCUGGCCGUGCUCGCCGCGGUCGCCUGGGCGCGCUGCGCAAAGGCCAAGGCCCGCUCCUGCUCGUGGUCCAUCACAGGGUUCUCCCUCGCGUCGCUCAACAACACGCUCGUCGUGGGUGUGCCGUUGCUGAACGCCAUGUAUGGGAAGUGGGCGCAGGACCUCAUCGUGCAGAUCGCGGUCGUGCAGUCCAUCGUCUGGUUCCCGCUCCUGCUGCUUGCCUUCGAGCUUCGCAGGGCCUGGGUGGUCGGAGGCGUCCCCUCUUUCAGUUCUGCCAACGGCGACGACGGCGGAUCCACCACCAGCGACGACGAAAGAACGCGCCGUGUGGAGCCGAUGUCGUUGGAGAAGGAUGGCGGCGCCGAGAUGGACGUGGAAGCGGCGCCGCCCACCGGUGGCAGCAGGAGGAUCAGGCUGUGGCCGAUGGCGAGGACCGUAGGGCUGAAGCUGGCGAGGAACCCCAACGUGUACGCCAGUGUCCUGGGUGUCGCGUGGGCGUGCGUCGCCUACAGGUGGCGCAUCGGCAUGCCGGCCAUCGUGACGGGAUCGCUGCAGGUCAUGUCCAGGACCGGCACCGGGAUGUCUAUGUUCAGCAUGGGACUGUUCAUGGGUCAGCAGGAGAGUAUCGUCGCGUGCGGCGCCGGCCUGGCGGCGCUGGGGAUGGCCCUGCGGUUCGUCGCCGGCCCGCUCGCGGCGCUCGCCGGAGCCGCCGCGCUCGGCCUACGCGGCGACGUGCUACACUUCGCCAUCAUACAGGCAGCCCUACCGCAAGCAAUCGCCUCCUUCGUCUGGGCAAAGGAGUAUGGGCUCCACGCCGAUGUAGUCAGCACAGCAGUUAUAUUUGGAACGCUGAUUUCGUUGCCGGUGCUCGUGGCAUAUUAUGCAGUUCUUGAGAUGAUGUGA